CGGUCUCUAUAUAAGAUAGCGAUUCGAAGGGGUCGUCACUUCUUCGGCAGCAACUACAACAUGUUCCUCGUUGUCCUCGCCGCCCUUGCCUCCGUGGCUGCUUCUGCCACGCAAUACGCCGCGCCCCCACCCCGUCCUGACAGCUACGAGACUUCCGGCGAGUACAUCCCCAUCCUGAAAGACAACCGAGUGCAGGAGGAUGACGGCAGGUACAACCUGGACGUGGAGACUGCCAACGGCAUCCUGCUGUCCCAGUCUGGCGCUCCCGACGGACCAGAGGGUGCCGUGAUCAAGGCGGGAGAGUACUCUUAUACUGCUCCUGACGGCACUCCUGUCCACGUCAAGUUCGUCGCCGACGAGAACGGUUACCAGCCCCAGUCUGACCUGCUGCCCGUGGCCCCAGAGUUUCCCCACCCCAUUCCACAGUUCGUGCUGGACCAAAUUGCUAAGGCUGCCGAAGAGGAUGCCACAAGGCGACCCCUUAAGGAGUCUGUUCCCUCCGGCACCUACAGAGCCCCAUAGACAAUUCUCUAGAGGACUGAAGAUUUGCCGAUACCGAAGCUCUGACAAACGCAUUCAUCCUCGUCACCUCUGUAUUUAUUUCUUUAUUUAACUGAAAAUAAAAUGCACAUCCAUUGA